AUGAGUACUUUCGGUAGCCCCGGUCCUUUGCCAACUACCAAGCCAACACCUUGUGUCCUUCUGAGCAGACCACAGCGUGGAAGCUUCCCUCUAGAUCAUGAUGGCGAGUGCAAGACUUACAUGGCAAAGUACCUUUCAUGUAUGAAAAAGGUGCGAGGUCUAAAUGACGAAGAAUGCCGCGACCUUGCAAAGGCGUAUCUAUCGUGCAGAAUGGACAGAAACUUGAUGGCCAGGGACGAAUUCAAGAACCUUGGUUUCACAGAAUCUCCACCUCCUUCUGCUGUAAAAGCGACGCUAGAGGGCGAUAAGGGAGCCAAGGGUUAA